CGCCCACCAAACUGCUUCUUUAUAUAUAGGAGAAACAAGCAAGCAGAACUAAAGGCUUUUUAUCAACUUACUCAAGGAAGGACCAAUGAAAAAUCUGCAAAAAUUUCAAAAUUUAUUGCCGAAGAGUGGAGAAAUGAACCUGAGAAUGUAAAAGAUUUAUUUAAAACUAUGGCGAGAGAAGCGGAAAGGCUACAUGCAAUUAAAAACCCAAACUACACAUAUAGACCAAGACAA